AACAAUUGCAAUUUGAAACUCGAGUCCUGGGCCCCGCUUUGUUUGAUUGGGAAUAGGAUGUGGGUUUUAGCCCCAACAAAAGGCGAAAGUGUUUGUCCCCUUUAACCAUGGCCUUUGCCCAACAAAAGAAAAGACAAUAUAUUAUACAUAUUAUCACAGACAAAAAGCAUGAGAAACAUUUGACUUGGCGAUGCAAUCAAGUUACCAAAGUGCCCACAACUUUUUUUUUCUCCGCUACACGAAGACAACGAAGGUUUUCCUCGGUUCUUCCAUUGGCUGGCUGUCAAAGAUUCCUGGAAAUCACGGCGUCUAUCGUCCUAAUUCUUCUCAUAAACCAAACCUCUUUUGUCCCUUAACUGCCUCCCUUUCAUGCUUUAUUCAUCCGUUUGUCUGUUUUUAGUUUCCUUUAAUCCUAUAUAAUUCCGCUUGACAUUUACAAACAUCAAAGUUGACUACUUCGAUAUUUAGUUGGAAAAUUUUCAUUGGUUUUUAUAAAACAUGGCUACGAAUAAUGCUUUCCCUGCGGUUGAAAAAUGUGCGUCUAUAGGCCGAGAAAAGCACACGGUGGUCGCUGACAUGGAUGGCACCUUGCUUAUAGGCCGUAGCUCUUUCCCAUAUUUCGCUAUGGUUGCCUUUGAAGUUGGCGGAGUCUCGAGGCUCCUUUUCUUGCUCUUAGCUUCACCACUUGCUGGACUUCUUUACUACUUUGUCUCCGAAUCCGCUGGCAUCCAAGUUCUUAUUUUUGCAACAUAUGCUGGGAUGAAAGUGAGCGAUAUCGAAUCAGUGGCACGAGCAGUGCUGCCGAAAUUUUACUCUAGUGAUCUGCACCCCGAGUCAUGGAGAGUCUUUGCCUCGUGUGGGAAACGUUGCGUUCUUACUGCAAAUCCUAGGAUAAUGGUGGAAGCAUUUUUAAAAGAUUUCUUAGGGGCUGAUAUGGUUUUAGGCACCGAGAUAGGAACUUACAGAGGUAGAGCUACAGGAUUUGUUUGUAAGCCAGGGGUACUUGUCGGGAAGAAUAAGGCAGAUGUUCUUCAAAAGGUUUUCGGCAAGACAAAGCCAGAUGUUGGGCUUGGGGAUAGGCAUACUGAUAUUCCCUUCAUGGCAAUGUGCAAGGAAGGUUACGUUGUGCCACCAAAUCCAGAGGCUAAGGCAGUUACAAGCGAGAAGCUCCCAAAACCUAUCAUUUUUCAUGAUGGCCGGCUUGUUCAAAAGCCAACACCUCUCAUGGCUCUCCUAAUAAUUCUCUGGAUCCCCAUAGGAUUCCUCCUGGCCUGCUUGCGCAUUGCAGCUGGUUCACUCCUCCCCAUGCCAAUAGUCUACUAUGCGUUCUGGGCACUUGGAGUUCGAGUCACUGUCAAGGGCACCCCACCUCCUCCAGUCAAAAAAUCAACCGGUGAAUCUGGUGUCCUCUUCAUUUGCUCCCAUAGAACAUUACUUGACCCAAUCUUUCUCUCUACUGCUCUUGGACGCCCUAUCUCCGCAGUGACCUACUCAAUCUCUCGACUCUCUGAGAUCAUCUCACCCAUCAAAACUGUUAGACUAAGCAGAGAUAGAGCAACAGAUGCAUCCAUGAUUAAGAAGCUACUUCAAGAGGGUGAUCUAGCUAUCUGCCCCGAAGGAACAACCUGCCGUGGACCAUUUCUUCUGAGGUUUUCAGCCCUGUUUGCGGAAUUAACUGACCAGCUUGUGCCCGUUGCCAUGGUGAACCGUAUGAGCAUGUUUCAUGGCACCACAGCCAGGGGAUGGAAAGGGAUGGACCCAUUCUACUUCUUCAUGAACCCUAGCCCAGCAUAUGAAGUAACUUUCCUAAACAAGUUGCCACAGGAGCUUACAUGCAGCUCAGGAAAGUCUAGCCAUGAGGUUGCCAAUUAUAUCCAAAGGGUGAUUGCUGCAACUCUUUCAUAUGAGUGCACAAGCUUUACUAGGAAAGAUAAAUACAGGGCCCUGGCUGGGAACGAUGGGACUGUUUGA